AUGUUCAACUGGUUUCGCCGAAGUUCAUCCCAGGUGAGUCCAACACAACGGGCUCUCGGACCAAUGGAAAAUGUAAUGAUGAAGGCUUCGCAACAAUAUCAUGGCUACAUGAAGAUUGGGGAAGUUCUCUAUCUACGAGGACCUCACAUCACACUGGACAAACUGGAUACAGCGGUUCGUUGUUUGCAGUCUCGUCAUCCAGCGCUUCGAAGUCGUUUGCAACGCGAUCCUGAUAAUCCAAGAAGCUUUUUAUUGGAAGAGGAUCGCACACUUCGUCUCGAGAUUCUCGAGAUACCACGUAAGCGAGAUGAUUAUUUGACUUUCUGGUGUCGUGAAUGGAAAGAACGAGAAAAAGAGACGACUCAUAUUGGACAGGGACUCGCCAAAUUCUGGCUUCUUCAGGAUCCAGAUGAUGAUCAUGACAAAAAUGCUCCGCGCGAAGUGGUCUUCAUAUGCGAACACAGCAUCUCCGAUGGUUUAUCCUUGAGCACUGUAGCCCAUGAGCUUCUUAUAGCUCUGGGAAGUGACGAUGAAAAUGUACUGGGUGACUCUCUAAACUGGCCGAUAACGAUGGAGAAAUCGAUCCGAGAGAGUUUAUCAACCUCCGAAAUAUUUUUCGCAAUCAGCCGGUUGAUGCUAUCGGCUAUUUAUCUACGCCUGACAAGUAUGCCUACUGCAAGAGUUCCUUUUGGUAGAGUCGAUUUCACCUUGAAUGAUAUGGUUACCUAUUGCCAUACGGAAGCCGCUUACGGUAUGCUGAACAAAGAAGAGACUAAACAAUUGAUAGAACGGUGCCAUCAGGAAAAAGUAACAGUGACAUCUGCUGUGAGUGCUGCUAUACUCUGUGCCGUAUCUCAACUUGUCAUCAUCGAUGAUGGUCAAGAGACCGUACUAAACGUUGCUAUCAAUGCAGAUACUCGAAGACGAUGUGUGCCGGCUGUGCCAAAUCAUGACCUCAGCUAUCAUGUAUCAUGCAUUAUGCCAUUCGUGAUACCGAGACGGGACAUUCCAACGACUCCAGAUGGUAUGUGGGAGCUUGCUAGAACGUUCGGACAUCAUGUCAUCACAGCAAUUGAUGCUGGUCAAAUUCUCGCUUGUGGUCUCAUUUCGGAGAAAAUUGUUAACAAGGUGCUUGACUCGACAAAUGUAUCUGCUUCACCAACGUGUAAUAUCUCCAGUUGGGGUCUUUUGCCAUUUCGUGAGCGAUAUGGCCCAUGGGAACUUACUGGCAUGAAUCCAUUUAUCAACCAAAUUCGUGGAGAGUCACCUUUUAUCAUAUUUCAAACGGUCAACGGAACAUUGACCAUCGUGGUUGUUGGACACGAUCCGGUCAUUCCACUGCAAACAACAGAAAAUCUGCGGGACAUUACGAUGGACACAUUGCGACAUAUGAUAUAA